AAGAACAAAAACUUAACGAAAAACAAGACGGUGAUAGUGAUACGGAAAAGGAUUCAAUCCUUAGCUAGCUAUUACUAUUACCGUCUUGUUUUCCGUAUCACUAUCAAAAGUAUGACUAAUAUUAAAAGAAAAGAAAAAAGAAAAUUUGUUUGUAUGUACAUGUCAUUUGUCUUAACUUUCAUGUCUGAUGAAGUAUCUUAUCGAGAUACGAAACGUCACAAUUUGUAAAUUUUUAAAUUUAAAUAAACUAUUAAUAUUAAAUUGAUUCAAAUUUCAAAUUUUAAAUUUUAAAUUUAAAAAUUAAAAAUAAAAUAAAAUAAAAGAAGAGAAUUAAAUAAUGUCAACUAGUAUCAACCUAUCUGUAAAAAAAAAAGACUCAAUUUUUAUAUGAUUAUCCGUACCAGGACGAUGCACAAUUUAUCGAAGCUUCUGAUUAUUGUUCAUCACGAUUCAGAAUGAUUACAUUUAUUUGAAUAUACAAUGUGAGUAGGGUAAUCAAAAAUUUCUCGAAACAUCUUGGUUUUUAUUAAAUAAAUGGUAAUUUCCAAAAAUCUUAUUUCAUUAAAUGUUCAAGGUACUUAUCUUUGUUUGUCAUACGAAGUCUCAUCCAAUUAACUCGAUUGUUACAUAUCUUUUGUAAUCGAAAAUGUGACAUGGCAUGAGGCUCCCUGGUUACAGCUUGUUUUAAAGAUUUGAAAUGAGAAUCACUGCCUAAUUAAUAAUGAAGAUGAGUUUCGACGGGUAAACGGCAGUGACCGAGAAAAAAAAACUCAGGAAGAGCAAAAAUACAUCAGUGGCAAUUAGGAAAAGUGACGAGACGACGAUGAGUGAGUGACAAUCCAGAUAUUGGAGAUCUGAGGAUGGACGAUUAAUGAUCAGAGUGAAAGUGAGUUGGCAUGAGACAACGAUCGUGGAUGGAUGUAUGAGAUUAUAAUUUAGACCCAUCAACCGUCUACCUUCACCCAACCUGAGCUCCUCUUUCUCAGGCACUGCUGUUCACCCAUCGAAACUCAUCCUCAUCAUUAAUUAGGCAGUGAUUCUCAUUUCAAAUCUUUAAAACAAGUUGUAACCAGGGAGCCUCAUGCUAUAUCACAUUUUCGAUUUCAAAAGAUAUGUAACAAUUGAGUUAAUUGGAUGAGACUUCGUGUGACAAAUAAGGACAAGUACCUUGAACGUUUAAUGAAAUAAGGUUUUCGAAAUUACUAUUUAUUUAAUAAAAACCAAGAUAUUCCGAAAACUUUUUCAUCGCCCUAUGUAAAAAAGAGAGAAACAGGAAUAAAACAGCAAGUGAUGUCAUAUUUGCUCGAAGACAAUUGAUCGAAUUGGGAUCAUAUUGUAAAACACAAUUGAUAACGAACUGUUGAAUUCUUCAUCGAGAAAAUUAAAUGAUCAUUACAAACACUUGAUCAGUGUAGACUGCAGGACAGUAGUUGCUAAGAUAUCUCGCGUUCACUAUCAUCUCUACAUAUCAUGACAUAGUACUUUAUGCUAAAACUUUUUUUGAAUCUAUAUUGUAUUUUUAUUUCUAGGCUCAACCAUUAUCUGCUCUAUGCUGGGCUGAUGGCAAAUGAUAAAAAACAACAACAACAUAAAUCUUUUAUCAAUUUUUACUUUCUAGAAAUUGUUUUUGUUGCAUGUGCCUCAUUUGUUUAUACAAUAUGAAUAACACAUAAACCAUUACCGUCCAUGUUAACAAUAUGUCAGAUGAAAAUAAAACAAUAUUUAUUAACUAAUUCCUUAGAUAAUUUUUCAUAAAAUUUAUUUACCAAAUAAUUUAAAACAAAAUCUUUUUAAUUUAUAUCGUUCAACAAUAAAAGGUUUUUUUAUCAGAACAAAAAACUAUACGUUUGUUUGUAUGUUAUCCAUUAAAAUCUCAUCUUCGUUUACAAUGUACAAUGAAACGUAUUGAUAAUGAAAUAGAAAAUUCAUCAGCACAAAAAUAAUUUAUCAGUAGCUGUUUAUAUUUUAUAUUUAGAAUUUCUUGGUGGUCUUAUACCAUUAUUAACAGCAAAACAUAUAUCACAAAUUUGUCCAGAUUUUAUUAUAUAUGAUCCAUAAAUAAAAACAAAUGAUUUAUCAUCAUCAUUGUCAAAAAUAAGUUCGCCCGAAAUUAUAACAAAAAAAUUUUUUUUAUCAAUAAAACCACGUUCAAAUACAUUUCAUAAUAUAUCACAAUCAAAAUUUAUUAAUAAAUAUAAUUAUCGUUCAAGUUUAAUAAGUCAUCGAAAUUUGAUAAACGUAUGUAGCUGAAAUAGAUGUUAAUAGUGAUAAUGAUCAUUUAACACUAAUAAAAAGUAAUUCAAAUUAUAGUGCUGAAAACAAUUCAGCUGAAGAAGAUAAUCAUAAUCUAAAUUUUUUACACCAAAAACAAACAAUUAAAAAUAAAUAUGUAAGACAAAAAUAUGUUUAUUCAUAUAUGCUCACUAAAAUAAUUACUUUUCUUUUCUAGACUAAUAAAUGAUGUGCAAUUGCAGCUAAUAUUUGGGGUACACGUUUUAAAUUUUAUAGUCAUUCAAAUUAUUUACCAGAAACCUUAGGUAGUGUUACUUCUAAAACAUCAUUUUUACAUUUACAACCUCGACAAAUGGCUGUAACAAUUGCUAAUAAUUGUAAUACACAUAAACAAAAAGUUAAAUCUAAACAUAUAUCUCCAAGUUCAUCUCGUCGUUCACUAAGUGCAUCUAUUGCAACAACAACAGUCAUUCAUCAUCAUUCACGACAAAUUAAUGUUGAUUCAUCAGCUGCUAAUUCUUCAUCAACAUCAACAAUUAAUUUAAGUCGUUCAAUAUCUCCAGCAGCUUCAAUAGCAAAUUUUAUUCGUUCUAUAUCACCACCUUGUAUUCAAGUAAAAGAACCUUUAUCACCAAGGGUGUGGGUGUGGCUGCGGGUGGAUAUGAAUAUGGGUGUACCACUUGAUUUCAAGCACACCCAUACCUCCAACACGCACACUCACACCCCAAGAAAAAUGAAUUUAAAAAAAUGAAAAAUAAUGAGUAAAUAGUAGCAAUGCAAACAGAAAAUAGAACGCCCGUAGAAAAAAAUAGAAAAUUUCUGUUCGAAAUGCAGAAAUUAGAGAGGUCCUACUCUGAUGAUCGAUUAUCCUGCAAAACAUCUAUAACCUACGAGAGGUUGGUCACUUUACGUAUUUUGUAUCAGUUUAAUGAGGCUAGAGAGGAUAUGUCAGUUCCACAUUUCAGCCCCGAAGGGGCUGCGCUAACAAGCUUUCUUUUUUGUUGUAAAGAAAUUGUUGAGACUUCAUAUAACAAUAAUCUUUUUUAUCAUAUCAAGAGUUUUUUCGUUCGAUAUUAAUUUUAAAACCCAAAUAGAUUGUGGAAACAAGCGAUUAAUAAUCUACUGGUUGAUUACGGUACUCAACGAUUCUUUUAUUCUUCUAAUAUUAGGCAUAAGUCAAAGGAAAUAUCGUGUGAAUGUAAAAAUGUGUAGCGCUUUUUUCCACAUUUUAAUUAUAAUGUCGUGUCAUAUUCAUCAUAUAAAAUGUUUUUAAAAUAAAAUGUUGAAAGAGAAGAUAUUAGCUGUAAUGAAUAGAUCUUUUUUCGCUAUAAAAUAUUUAUUCUUUCAGAAAAAAUUCACAUGCAAUUCUGAUGGUUGAUGUGAAAUUUGGUGACACGACAGUUGAGCACCCGACAGUUGAGCACCCGACAGUUGAGUCCCAACAGUUGAGCCCCGACACUUGAGCCCCGACACUUGAGCCCCCAUUAAACAGGAGAUUAAAGAGUACAAGAAAAUAAUUUUUUUUGAAUAAAUUUUGGGAGGUGAAUCGUGCAAUGUUGUUGCA